AUGCCUGUGUCACCUUGGUUCUACACGAACCUUCCAGGUUACGACAAGAACUGGCUUUGGUCAUCGGAUGAUUUGUGGUUUGACUGCUGGCAGGAGGUGUGGUCUUUUCAGCCAGAGUGGGUUGAGAUAAUUACUUGGAACGAUUUCGGAGAAUCACAUUAUAUAGGACCUCUGUAUGUCAGUGGAAUGCCUCAUGAUGCCUGGGGUUUAUCGCUUCCAUAUUUAAUUGACACCUUUAAGAACGGCGUGGGGACUAUAACCCAGGAGAACCUUUACGUUUGGCAUCGUCUUUCACCAGCGACAGCUUGUGAAAAUGAUUUUACAAAGGGAAAUACAGCAAGUCAGCUACAAAUUGAAUUCCUACCAUGGGACAUUGUCACCGAUAGAAUAUUUUUCUCCGCAUUGCUCGUUUCAGGCGCAUCUUACACUGUUACAAUUGGAGUCACGUCAUAUUGCUCUAGAACCGCUGGUUAUACAAAUUGGAAUGCUUUCACCGCAUACGAAGCAGGAGAUAAGACAGGCGGUGAAUCUAUGCUAAAUUUGUCCGAUCAAAAGUGUAUUGAGGGCUUUGGUACCAACGACUUCAAUACUAUAUGUGCUUUUGGCUUCUGCGGCUUUGCAAACAACACUGUCUGCGUGGACUCUCCAACUGCGCUUCGUGGACAUUGCCCCGAUGUUUUUGCCUCUGAUCUGGCAUUUACAUCAGGUUCAGGCAUGGGUAACUACAUCGGUCUGUGUGUCUAUACCUGUAAAUACAACUUCUGUCCAGAACCAUGUGACUGCCUCGUGUAUGGUUCUGAGAUACCAGCUCCACCUAUAGUACCUAACGUCACUGGUUAUGCCGCGCUGGGCUUGGACUCCGCCACUUACGAUCCUCUUUGUAACUUUACUUGCAGCCAUGGAUAUUACCCUAGUGACGCCUGCUCAUACGAAGAAGUUGCUGACCUAAGUACAUCGCUUGUUUUCCCCUCAGACGACGAUCUACUUCCAUUUGAUUUAAGUACAAGUUACAGCUCUGGUGAUGGCUUCUUGUACGAUACGCCUGAGCCUUCGAAUCUAAAACUUAACAUCAACUUGUACGGUAUACCAGUAGUUUGGGGAGACAUAGAUUGUAGUUCGCUGUCAGGAGAAUAUGCUCCAGGGGUGGAUGGAGACACUCUCGGAUGCAUUGCGACAUCUGUUUCAACGAUGGCAAAGUAUCUACGUCCCGGAUACGAAGUCUAUCAACAAAUUAUUAUUUUCAGAGCCACUCGGAAUGCAAAGCGAUCGGACUACGGUUUAGGUUCAAGGACUGGACUUGGAGUGGGAUCCGAGCUGCAUUUUGUUGGAAAUUCAGACAUUGAUCUCACGACCUCAUUUGAUGAAGUUGGUCUAACACCCAAAGGAGCAGCAGAAUUCGUAGGAUGGGCUACCGCAGCAACAAUAUCGGAGUCCUAUUACGAGUUUCUCUGCUGCCAGUUCGAUGUCCUUGGUCAAAUGGCAUCCACCGCGGCAAUGCGUAUUGGGGUUACUACGCCUCCCUUUGGAUGGGACUCUCCUUAUGAACCCGAUCAAGUAAUUGAGAUUUGCGAAAAUGCAACCAUCGGUAGUGUUCUUUUAACCUGCGCAUACAAUUUAACAAGCAUUGACCCAGAAUUACUCGAUGAUCCUGAUAGAAACGAGUCGAAAUAUGUCUGGCCGGUGUUGAGUACCCGAGGCGAUCACUCAGGUCUACCCGUCAAUUACAUAAUCACGAAUUACGCCAACUCAGCACAAACAACUACUUUCACAUCAGCUACCUAUCCUAAUGGAAAUUAUGGGCAGGACCUGCCAGCAUAG